CAAGUUGUGUAGAUUGGCUAGUCAGAGCAAUGAAUUUACUUGGCGGUAUCGCGGUCUUCGUCACCCUUUUGGUGAUAAAGAUCCAAGACUCAAUGGCAGUGUGUGGUUACGAGUCAUGCCCGAUCACAAAAGAUAAUCUGAUAAACAUCCACUUGGUCCCUCAUUCCCACAACGAUGUUGGCUGGCUAAAAACAGCCGAUCAGUCUUAUUACGGCUACAAAAACAAUAUUCAUCAUGCCGGCGUCCAAUACAUAUUAGAUAAUGUGGUCACUGAGCUUCUGAAGGAUUCGAGUCGUCGUUUCAUUCAGGUUGAGACUGCCUUUUUUUCAAAAUGGUGGAAGGAACAAACAGCAACCAUGAAAUCAGCAGUUAAGAAAUUAGUGAAUGAAGGGCGCUUAGAAUUUACAGGCGGUGCUUGGUCUAUGAACGACGAGGGCUCUGUUAAUUAUCAACCUGUAAUUGAUCAGUUUACGCACGGCUUGAAAUUCUUGAAUGAAACCUUUGGAUCCUGUGCUCGACCUCGCGUGGGCUGGCAGAUUGAUACGUUUGGCCAUUCUCGCGAACAAGCGUCACUCUUUGCUCAAAUGGGUUACGAUGGCCAGUUUUUUUCACGGAUGGAUCACAAUGACAAGGACACUAGGUUGGAGAAUUUGUCAAUGGAAAUGAUUUGGCAAGCCAGUGAAUCCCUGCAAGAUUUGGAACUCUUUUCGGGCUUGCUUUACGCCUUUUAUUCGGACACUCCAGGAUAUGGCUUUUGUUUUGAUGUGCUCUGCAAUGAUUCUCCAAUCAUAGAUGGCAAUAGCUAUGACAAUAAUGUUAAGUCCCGGAUCGAUGAAUUUAUUAGCUAUGCAUCUGAAGUUGCUGAACAUUAUAGGACGAAUCAUAUUAUGAUACCGCUUGGAGGAGACUAUCAAUAUGAGGACGCACAGGUGAACUUUAAGAACAUGGACAAGCUGAUCAAAUACUUAAAUGAGCGACAGUCGGAGGGAUCCCAAUUUAAUAUUUUCUAUUCGACUCCAAGUUGCUACCUAAAUUCACUACACCAAAGCGGCCAAACAUGGCCAAACAAAGCACAAGACUUCUUCCCUUAUGCUCAUGAACCAAAUAGCUUCUGGACAGGUUACUUCACUUCUCGUCCCAAUCAGAAGCGUUUCGAGCGCAUUGGUAACCAUAUGCUACAGACCGCCAAACAGCUAUCUACCUUUGCUCAACUAGAAAGUGAACAGCAGAAAAAGGACCUGGACUUCUUGCGUGAAAUCAUGGGAGUGAUGCAGCACCACGAUGCCAUCACUGGUACGGAAAGACAGGCUGUGUCCAAUGACUACGAUCGCUUGUUGCACAAGGCCAUUGUGGGUGCCGAAAAUAACGCCCGCGAUGCUCUACGAGUGUUGACCAAUUUGACCAACGGCGAGUUUGAGAGUUGCCUGCAACUAAACAUCAGUGUUUGCGCUUUUACCAAGGACAGUGCUGAUGAUGUUGUCGUAACUCUCUUUAAUCCACUGGCUCACACGUCUACCCAAUAUGUUAGAGUGCCAGUGAAAGAUGAAAGCUACGAGGUUACUAAUGAAAAGGGAACUGUGGUAGCUUCUGAAAUUGUACCUGUUGCCUGGCAGGUUUUGGACUUGGAAUACCGUUCCAAUGACACUCAACAUGAGCUCAUUUUCAAGGCUUCUGUUGAUAAGAUAGCAAACUACUAUAUUAAAAAGGUUGAUAACUCAGCCAAGGCAUUCGACGAUGGCGAAAGCAAAGUCCCUCUACGAUUUAAGGAAAUCAAUUCAUUGAAAAAUACAGACACCUUUGCCGAUGACAGCUCCGAAACUGUAGUUAAGACGUCGCUGAUCAAAUUGGUGAUCGAUAACGAGUCUGGACGCUUGAAAAAUAUUGAAAUGAACGGUGUGUCCGAGAACAUUCAACAGAACUUCGGUGUAUACAAAUCGUACGAGUCGUGUCCCUACACCUUCCGUCAAAACAACGACAUCGAGGUUUUCGAGAAUAAUUUCGAGUUCACCGUUUACGAUGGUACACUCGUCAAAGAAGUGCACCAACAAGUGAACGAAUGGAUCUCCCAAGUCAUACGCAUUUAUGAAGGCGUCAAUCACGUGGAGUUUGAGUGGCUGGUGGGUCCAAUUUCGACUGAUGAUAACUUGGGCAAGGAAGUCGUCACCUACUUCCAAAGUGAAAUCGAGUCAAAUGGAGUAUUCUACACUGACUCUAAUGGCCGCGAGAUCCUUAAACGCGAAAAGGACCAGCGUGAAUCCUUUGUCGCUGACUUAAGCAAAGCUCCCAACAGCGGUAACUACUACCCAGUAACCUCGCGAAUCGCCUUGCAGGAUGAAAACAAACGCAUGGCUUUGCUUAACGAUCGUUCACAGGGUGGAACUGGGAUGGAUAAUGGACGUUUGGAAAUAAUGCUACAUCGUCGUCAUUUCUUCAAUGAUGGUGGUGGCGUAGGUGAAGCGCUUAAUGAAGAGCAGUUUGGUACUGGCUUAAUUGCUCGCGGACAACUUUACCUUAUGCUUAACCCGGUUAAUAAGGGAGCUACAAUAUCUGAGCGAUUGACAGAAAAGGAGAUAAUUCUGCCUUUCUGGAAGUUCUUCAGCAAGGCGAGCACUGCCACAAGUGCAGUUCCCAAGGCUCUGCCAAGUUUCGAUGUUCUACCGGAUUCUGUACAUCUACUAACACUUGAACCCUUCACAGAAAAGGAAAUUUUGCUUCGUGUGGAAAAUAUACUUGAUGUCAACGAAGGAAAUACGGUCUGCUUCAACCCACGCCUAAUUCUUGAUGGUUUGAGUGGCCAGGAGAUUCGUGAGACAACACUGGAUGGAAAUCUGCCUUUGACGGAAAUGAAGCGUUUUAAAUUCACACAUGAUUCUAGUAGCGUUCAAUCAAAGUCCCCUGAAUAUUUCACAGCCUCCUACAUUCCAUUGGAAGCUAAGUCACGCGACUUGAUAGAUUCCCAAAUCUGUUUGGAUCCCAUGCAAAUACGCACAUUCAUAAUCAAAACAUAAACAAAUUGCAAAUUUGAAAAAUAAAGAGAUCUUAUAAUCAAACUGUUUCUGUA